AAUUUGUAAACUUUAAUAAAUAGCGCCCUCUACACUCCAGUAUGUUAUAUACCCCGUUUAGUAACUGAGCUGAGCGACCAUCCUAUACUGCCUUGAACGCUGCGAAGUGGAAAGUAAGAUGGAAAUCGGAGGAAUUAUAAUGAUUGUCCUGGCAAUUGUCAGCGACAUUUAUGCCAUAGAUUUACUUAAAGCUGAUGGAAGAAUUAUCUAUAACGAUUGUCACGAUGCCCUACAACAUGGUAACAACAAAUCUGACUUUUAUAUGGUGCGUUUCUACACGUCUGAGCCUUUUGAGGUAUAUUGCCGUUUUGGUGUUAAUGGUCCCGGGAUUCCGAUUAUGACGCAGAAAUUUGGUUCAGUGAACUUUGCCAGGGGUUGGCAUGACUACGAAUAUGGGUUUGGCAUACAAUCAAGUGGUGAUUUUUGGCUUGGACUAAGUAGGAUUAAAAUGUUAACAGAUACCGGAUAUCAAAUACUCACUUUGACUCUUAAAGACUGGACUCGUGACAUACGUACCAUCCGAUACAAUUAUUUCGCAUUAGGUCCUGCAAGUUUACGCUAUCCAUUGCACAUUGGCAAAUACGUCACAAGUCAUGUUCUUCCAGACGAUUUUGCUUUCAGCAACGGCAUGCCUUUUGCAACCAUUGAUCGACCAGACGCAAACAAGUGUGCCUAUCAUCAGAAAGGCGGGUGGUGGUAUAAUUACUGUAGCCAGACACUACCGACCGGACACUAUUACCACUACGGUCCAUACAUACCCGCUGGUUUUUUUUACGACGGUAUAUAUUAUAAAGACUGGAAAGGCUUUGCUUAUUCGUUGAAGUAUAUAAGUUUAGAGUUGUACCACAUUUAAACCGUUCUGCAAUCCGAAUGCAUUUAUAUUGUUUUAGUAUUUGCCAUGUUGUUUUCCUGGAAAUCGACAAACAUUAUCAGAUCUGACUUACCGUACUUAUGUUUUUAAGAAUUUUUGUUUAUGUAAUUUUAGAAUUUUAAAUCUCCGGGAAUGUUUGGUACCUAAAUUCAACAAUUGUCAAAAUUCCAGGUUUCUUUUUACUUAGACCAUGUUAUAUGA